UGUAGAGGGCUGGCGCUGUGCAUGCUGGGUAAGCGGACGCCGCCAUAUUGUCUUCCUGUCACCGGCUGAAGGAGAGAGCGCGGCCAUGAAGCUCGUCACAAGCGCACGGUACCUCUCUAGGAGGCUGUAUUCGGCAAAAGCAGCUGUGUCAUCUGAAGCAGCAGGACACGCUCGCCUUCUCCCUGAGGACAUUGAGAUCACAAAAUUGCCCAAUGGUUUAGUGGUGGCAUCUUUGGAGAACUAUUCUCCUGUAUCCAAGAUAGGAGUCUUUGUCAAGGCUGGGAGUAGAUAUGAAAAUGCCAACAAUUUGGGAGUGAAUCACGUCUUACGUCUUGCUGCCAACUUGACUACCAAGGGAGCAUCAACUUUUAAAAUAACACGUGGGAUUGAGUCUGUUGGUGGUGGAUUGAGUGUGACCUCUACAAGAGAAAAUAUGUUGUAUUCCGUUGAAUGUCUGCGAGACUAUGUAGACACUGUUAUGGAGUAUCUCAUCAAUGUGACCACAGCACCAGAGUUCAGAAGAUGGGAGGUAUCUGACCUACAGCAAAGUGUGAAGCUUGAUAAAGCUUUUGCCUGUCAAAAUCCACAAGUUGGUGUUUUGGAAAACCUUCAUGCUGCAUCUUACAGAAACACACUUGCUAACUCAUUGUUCUGUCCUGACUACAGAAUUGGAAAAGUGACAUCAGAUGAGUUGCAGCAGUUUGUACAGAACCAUUUCACAAGUGCAAGAAUGGCCCUGGUUGGAUUAGGAGUGAGCCAUUCUGUACUUAAACAAGUUGGAGAACAAUUUCUGAACAUCAGGAGUGGCGCUGGCUCUGCUGGUGUGAAAGCCCAAUAUCGUGGAGGUGAGAUCAGAGUGCAGAACAGUGAUAGCCUUGUUCAUGCCGCUGUUGUUGCUGAAGGAGCGUCUGCCGGGAGCCCUGAGGCAAAUGCAUUCAGUGUCCUGCAGCAGAUUCUGGGAGCAGGACCCUACAUCAAGAGGGGAAGCAACAUCAGCAGCAAACUGUCGCAAGCUGCCGGCAGAGCAACUAAUCAACCAUUCGCUGCUUCUGCAUUCAAUGUCAAUUAUUCAGAUUCUGGACUUUUUGGAGUCUACACAAUCUCUCAAGCAACUGCAGUGGAUGAUGUUAUUAAGGCUGCUGUCAACCAGGUGAAGGCCAUUGCUCAGGGCAAUGUGACCGAAGCUGAUGUAACAAGGGCAAAGGCCCAGCUGAAGACUCACUAUCUAUUCUCUGUUGAAAACUCAAAUGGGCUACUGAGUGAAAUUGGUACCCAAGCACUGGCCACUGGCACCUACACAUCGCCAGCUGAUGCUAUUCAACAGAUCGACUCUGUAACCAGUGCCAGUGUUAUAAGUGCGGCAAAGAAGUUUGCUUCUGGAAAGAAAUCAUUGGCAGCAUCUGGAAAUUUGGAGAACACUCCAUUUGUGGAAGAUCUGUAAUACUGCUUCAACAUUAUAUCUUCUUGGUACAUUGUAAAAUCAAAUUGAUUGCCUUUACGUUGUUCCAAGCCUGUGAUGUCAUAAUGCGUUAUUUAUCAUGUCAGACUGUCUGGGUUAUAGCCUAACAUUGAAGCGGGAAAGUGAUUCUAAACCAGGGAAGAACUUGGCUUGUGUCUGCUGUCUGUUCCUUGAAGGCCUGGAACAUACAAAUAAAGAUUGAUAUUUCUACUGGUA